CAUGCACACACUUUGUUUAUAUUAACAAUUUAAAGAGAAUACGUGAGCAGAUUUGUGAGCGUAGGAGGGGGUGGUCUUAGAGGGCAGGGGCAGAGGUCUUUUUCUCCCAAAGUACACUGUAAUUCUUACUGUCUUUUCUUCGAGGCUGGUCAGGAUGAGAACAGCGUUGUUCUUUGUUUAUCUCUUUCCUGUGCUGACAGUGAUAGCACAGGCUGCACCAGCAGGGAGUGACGACCUUGUGGUUUCUCUGAAAAAUGGUCAAAUCAGAGGGGAAUACACAGCAGUGAAAGGCACACACACGAGGGUUAAACAAUACCUUGGAAUACCUUUUGCACGCCCCCCAGUGGGGCCCCUCCGCUUUGCUGCUCCAGAGGUCGCAGAGCCCUGGCAGGGAGUGAGAGAUGGCACUCAACAGCCACCCAUGUGCAUCCAGGAUCCAGAUUUAAUUGUGAAUGUUUCAAUGACCAUGUCAAUGCAAUACACCCCACCAGAGGUUUCAGAGGACUGUCUGUAUCUGAAUGUGUACACUCCACCUGAUGUAACUCCAGGAGAAAAACUACCGGUGAUGGUGUGGAUCCAUGGAGGAGGUCUGGCGAUGGGUGCAGCUUCUCAGUAUGAUGGAGCUCCACUGGCUGCUUAUGAAAACAUUAUAAUGGUCAUUAUCCAGUAUCGUCUGGGCAUUUUGGGAUAUCUCAGUACUGGAGACGACCAUGCCAAGGGCAACUGGGGUUUCUUGGACCAGCUGGCAGCUCUGAGAUGGGUUCAGGAAAACAUUGAGGCCUUCAAUGGGGAUCCACAAAGCAUCACGAUUGCUGGAGAGUCUGCAGGAGGAAUCAGUGCAUCUAUACUGACUUUGUCUCCACAAGCCAGAGGACUGUUUCAUAAGGCAAUCUUUCAAAGUGGAGUAGCAACACUUGGAACCUACACCACCAAACAUCCUUUGGCUAUGGCAAAGAUAGUUGCCAAUCUAACUGACUGUGACCGCAGCAGCACAGAGGAGCUGGUGGCGUGUAUGAAAGGAAAGAGUCAAGAAGAGCUGGUUGAUGCCACUAAAAGGAUGAAAAUCUACCUUGGAGCUGUGGUGGAUGGUGUAUUUCUGACCGACCUGGCAGAGGAGCUUCUGAAGAAGAAAGAAGUGAUGAAGGUGCCAGUGAUGAUGGGAAUAACCAACCAUGAGUUUGGAUGGAUCCUACCUCAGAGCUUUGCUCCUCCAGGCUGGGAGAAGGGGAUGAACAGAGAGGCCGUGCUGGCUGUGGUCAACAUGUUCAAUUCUGCAGGGACCUCUAAUGUGAAUAACCUCAUCACAGAUGAAUACUUAAAAGAUGCCAGAACUCCUGAAGAGAUCAGAGAUGCAUUCACAGAGAUCAUAGGAGAUCUGCUAAUGACGCUGCCUGUUGUCAAAGUGGCCGGAUACCACGCAGAUUUGGGUGUUCCUGUCUACAUGUAUGAGUUUGUGUACCGUGCAGAGAUUCACAGAGACACCAGGCCCAGCUUUGUGAAGGCUGAUCACGCUGAUGACGUCGGCUUUAUGUUUGGUGGAUGUUUCUGGAAUGGAGAUAUAAAAAUCAUUGGCCCCAUUAACAAUGACGAUGAAAGUGUUUGUAGAACCAUGAUGGCAUACUGGGGCAACUUUGUCCGUAAUGGCUCCCCUGAUGGUUCUAAUCUGGUCAGCUGGCCUCAGUAUGACAGACAGAGGCAGAAGUACAUGGAGCUCGGCCUGACACAGAUGGUGAAACAGAAACUGAAGGAGAACAGGGUCCAUUUUGCUACCGUCAUACUCCCUCAGAAACUGCAAGAGUUAGCAGCAGAAGCAGCAAACUCUGAAAACUGAGUUAUGUCAUGAUGUGUUCAUUCCUGUUUGUUUGAAUAUUAAAAUACCCUAAACCCUGGGGCCUAAGACAUAGGCAGAGGUGUGCAUACCCAAAACCCUCACUGAAACUAAGAGAUGAAAUGGUGAUCACUACAGACUCUGUGUUUUCUUUUUUCGAAUGGACGUUAUUUUAUAAAUCUAUUAAUUCUGUGUAACUGUAUUUGGGCGUAUAUUUUUGUUAAAUCGUUGUAAUUAAAGUUUAAUUUCACUGCA